AUCAAAGAAAAAAAGUGUUGAGGUUGAAUCCACUUCUAAUAAUGAUUCCGACCAGGAUAUAUCAGUAAGCCGAAAGUUUUAUAGAUCAAAGAAAAAAAGUGUUGAGCUUGAAUCCACUUCUCGUAGUGAUUCCGACCGUGACAUAUCAGUAAGCCGAAAGAUCAAAGAAAAAAAGGAUUAUCCUUGA